GCGGAGCGGAGCCCGGCGCCGCCUCCAUGUUCCAGCUGCCCAUCCUCAAUUUCAGCCCGCAGCAGGUGGCCGGGGUAUGCGAGACCCUGGAGGAGAGCGGGGACAUCGAGCGCCUGGGGCGCUUCCUCUGGUCCCUGCCCGUGGCCCCCGCGGCCUGCGAGGCGCUCAACAAGAACGAGUCGGUGCUGAGAGCCCGGGCCAUCGUGGCCUUCCACACGGGGAACUACCGGGAGCUCUACCACAUCCUGGAGAACCACAAGUUCACCAAGGAGUCCCACGCCAAACUGCAAGCCCUCUGGCUGGAAGCGCACUACCAGGAGGCGGAGAAGCUGCGGGGCCGACCCCUGGGACCGGUGGACAAGUACCGGGUGAGGAAGAAGUUCCCGCUGCCCCGCACCAUCUGGGACGGCGAGCAGAAGACACAUUGCUUCAAGGAGCGGACGAGGCAUUUGCUGCGGGAGUGGUACCUGCAGGACCCUUACCCCAACCCCAGCAAAAAGCGGGAACUGGCUCAGGCCACGGGACUUACCCCCACGCAAGUGGGCAACUGGUUCAAAAACCGCCGGCAAAGGGACAGGGCAGCAGCCGCUAAGAACAGGCUACAGCAGCAGGUCCUAACGCAGGGCUCGGUGCGCUCGCUGCAAGCGGAGGAGGAGAGCGGCGGGGAGGCGAUGGGGGCCGCCUCCAGCCCCGCGGCCAGCCUCUCCAGCAAAGCGGCCACCUCCGCCAUCUCCAUCACAUCCAGCGACAGUGAAUGUGACAUCUGACAGCACCGCCACGGCAAA